CCGAAAACACUUUGAAUACCUGACGAUUACUUGACAAUAGUAUAGUUAUAUAACCUUUCGUCACAAAGAUUAUACAUUUAAACAGUUUUGUCUGACCAUUACAAAUAACCAAUUUAAUAGAGAUUUAGAGAAGGAUUAUUUUCGUGUUUUGCCUGGAUAAGAAUGGAUGUUGUAAAAUUUGGAAGCGUUAUUUUAUGUGUUUAUUUCUGUACUUGCAACUUGGGUUUCUGUAAAGUUAUUAAUGACAAAACUACUGAUGAUUCCGGCAGUUCAGAUUCUUUCGGUUCCCAAUCCAGGCUAGAUAAUUUAACAGCGGACAUGUUAGCUGAUUACGGACCUAAUGUCCGACCAGUUUGUCCUGGAAAAGAAACAGUUCCUGUUACUGUUGAUUUGGCAGUCAGACAGCUCAUAACAUUGAACGAACCAGAACAGACAGUACAGUUUAACGUAUGGAUGCGAUUGGCCUGGGUAGACUGUCAUCUGAAGUGGAACCCUGACGAUUAUAACGGAACAAAGUCUAUAGUUUUACCCAUAGAUCUCAUCUGGAAACCGGAUAUUACACUUUAUGAAAGUAUUGCGGAGGAAUUCUACGGUUUUGAGAAGUUUAGAGCUCAUAUCUACCCCGAUGGUUAUGUUACUUACAACUUUCCCUCCAAAAUAGAAGCAUUAUGUCCAGUUUCGGUGGCCAAAUUUCCUUACGAUAGCCAAAUAUGUUCUCUGAUGUUCGGUUCAUGGUCAUAUAACGGGUUUGAACUUGAUCUCUCAACAAAGCUUGGUGCAGGAGAUCUUUCCUCAGUGAAGGAGAACGUAGAAUGGAUCAUUGAAGGCAUACCAGCCAUCAGACACGAACUUUAUUACGGCUGUUGUCCGGAACCGUAUCCGGAUGUUACAUUUUAUAUCAAUCUAAAGAGGAAACCAAACUAUUACGUCACAAAUAUACUGAUACCCUCCUUACUGGUUACAUUGGUAGCAGGGCUAGGAUUUUUCCUACCAGCUGACUCUGGAGAGAAAGUUGGUUUAGAAUUGACCGUGAUGUUAGCAAUGUCUGUAUUCCAGUUAUUGAUAGCGGACCAUUUACCACCAUCAGCUGACGAAACACCGUGGAUAUCCUCCUUUUUUAGUUUUACAAUGAUGUUAUCUGGUGGAUCGUCGUGUUGGCAAGUGUUGGUAUUGAACUUACAUCAUCGAGGUGAUAGACACAUGCCCCAUUGGUUAAAAUUCUAUGUAUUGAAACUACUUGGUAGACUUACAUGGAUAGAUGUUCCGAGAGUAAAACCCGAUUACGUAAAACAAUCUUCACCGAAAUGUGAUAAAUCAUUGGCCAAAAUAUUCAACAUCCUGGACAGGAAUAGAAAAUACAAGGAGGAAGAACUGGGAAACACGUCAUCUAUAAGUCUAUCGGAACCGGAAGCAGAGAUUGCAGAAAACUCAGAACUAUGGAUUAGUCUCGCCUUAAUGGUAGACAGAAUCGGGAUGAUGGUGUUCUUUUUAUCUUUAAGCAUUGGAUGUGGUUAUAUCUUUCAUCAAAUUCAGUCAGUUGAAUGAUUCUUUAUCUUUAAGCAUUGGAUGUGGUUAUAUCUUUAAUAGAAUUCAGUCAGUUAAAUGAUAUUUUAUCUUUAAGCAUUGCAUGUGGUUAUAUAUUUAAUAGAAUUCAGUCAGUUGAAUGAUAUUUUAUCUUUAAGCAUUGGAUCUGGUUAUAUCUGUAGAAUAGAAUAGAAUAAAAUUCUGUCGGUUGAAUGAUUCUUUAUCACGUCACGUGAUAGAUUAUUUGCGAAAUAAUUGUAUUUUAAACUGUGCCAGAAUAUGAAUGCAUCAUUGUCCUUCUUUAAUACUGUUGUGAUGUUUCUGAGGGGAUAAAUGUACUUUAUAUGCUAUUGUGAUGUUACUAAAAAGAUGUACUAUAGUCUUUCUUGUUUGAUUCUUUUAAAGUAGUGUUUUUAUUGUUAUAUUAAAUAUUUUAACUUA